GGCGCCUAGAAACCGGGGAACCUGCACGGAGGAAGGAGAGCGAGCCUCUGCCCCGGAUCUGUAAAACCGUUCAGCCUCAGCGCGUGAACCGAUGAACAUUGUUUUGCACCUUAAAAUUUUGAGGGUUAAAGGUACUGAAGUAAUUUGCUUCAGUAUUAUUCUGAGUAAACGGCGCUGAAAGUUUCAUUUUCACUUUAAUGGGAGUGAGCGUGGACUGUUUGGAGUCAAUGAACAAGAGGUCAUGAGAAGAGGAACGUUUCACUUGGAUUAUUCAGAAGAGAUUCAACUGGGCUAAAGUUAAGACUUUUGGACAUUUUCAUAGCUUUUCUGUCAAAUUUAAGUCAAAGUUGUUCUCUCUCGCCCCCUCAAAACUCUUUCUGUAACUAUGGCACCAACCGGGUCCACCACUGGCUUCUCUCUGCUGUGGAUAAUGUGGCUGGUGAGCUUCUCGGACACAUCCAUCUCAGAUCAUGGGCUCUGUCAACCCAUCUCCAUCCCCCUCUGCACAGACAUCACCUACAAUCAGACCAUCAUGCCAAACCUCCUGGGCCACACAAACCAGGAGGACGCGGGGCUCGAUUUGCAACAGUUCUACCCGCUUCUUAAGACCCAGUGCUCUGCAGAUCUGAAGUUCUUCCUCUGCACUGUGUAUGUGCCAGUCUGCACUGUGCUGGAGACAGUCAUACCCCCUUGUCGGUCCAUAUGUAAACGGGCAUGGCAGGGAUGCAAAGCAGAGAUAGCUAAAUUAGGCUUCCAGUGGCCAGAGAGGCUGCGCUGUGACACUUUCCCCUCAUACGGAACUGGUGAAAUCUGCGUCGGCCACAGGAUAUCUGAAUACAGGACCCUGGACUCCACCUUGUCCCCCAAUACAGUUGACCCAGUGAUGCCAAAUGACCUUUCCAAUGUGCAGAAAACACCAAAAUUGGUGACGACAGCUCCACCCGACAACAGUGAGAGCAGAACAUCCAUCUCAAAUCAUGGACUCUGUCAACCCAUCUCUACCCCCCUCUGCAUGGACAUCAUCUACAAUCAGACCAUCAUGCCAAACCUCCUGGGCCACACAAACCAGGAGGACGCGGGGCUCGAUUUGCAACAGUUCUACCCGCUUCUUAAGACCCAGUGCUCUGCAGAUCUGAAGUUCUUCCUCUGCACUGUGUAUGUGCCAGUCUGCACGGUGCUGGAGACAGUCAUACCCCCUUGUCGGUUCCUAUGUAAACGGGCAUGGCAGGGAUGCAAAGCAGAGAUAGCUAAAUUAGGCUUCCAGUGGCCAGAGAGGCUGCGCUGUGACGCUUUCCCCUCAUACGGAACUGGUGAAAUCUGCGUCGGCCACAGGAUAUCUGAAUACAGGACCCUGGACUCCACCUUGUCCCCCAAUACAGUCGACCCAGUGACGCCAAAUGACCUUUCCAAUGUGCAGAAAGCGCCAAAAUUGGUGACGACAGCUCCACCCAACAACAGUGAGAGCAGAACAUCCAUCUCAAAUCAUGGACUUUGUCAACCCAUCUCGACCCCCCUCUGCAUGGACAUCAUCUACAAUCAGACCAUCAUGCCAAACCUCCUGGGCCACACAAACCAGGAGGACGCGGGGCUCGAUUUGCAACAGUUCUACCCGCUUCUUAAGACCCAGUGCUCUGCAAAUCUGAAGUUCUUCCUCUGCACUGUGUAUGUGCCAGUCUGCACGGUGCUGGAGACAGCCAUACCCCCUUGUCGGUUCCUAUGUAAACGGGCAUGGCAGGGAUGCAAAGCAGAGAUAGCUAAAUUAGGCUUCCAGUGGCCAGAGAGGCUUCACUGUGACACUUUCCCCUCAUACGGAACUGGUGAAAUCUGCGUCGGUCAGGGGAUAUCUGAAUCCAGGACCCUGGUCUCCACCUCGUCCCUUAAUACAGUCGACCCAGUGAUGCCAAAUGACCUUUCCAAUGUGCAGAAAACACCAAAAUUGGUGACGACAGCUCCACCCGACAACAGUGAGAGCAGAACAUCCAUCUCAAAUCAUGGGGUCUGUCAACCCAUCUCCACCCCCCUCUGCAAGGACAUCACCUACAAUCAGACCAUCAUGCCAAACCUCCUGGGCCACACAAACCAGGAGGACGCGGAGCUCGAUUUGCAACAGUUCUACCAGCUUCUUAAGACCCAGUGCUCUGCAGAUCUGAAGUUCUUCCUCUGCACUGUGUAUGUGCCAGUCUGCACUGUGCUGGAGACAGCCAUACCCCCUUGUCGGUCCCUAUGUAAACGGGCAUGGCAGGGAUGCAAAGCAGAGAUAACUAAAUUAGGCUUCCAGUGGCCAGAUAGGCUCCGCUGUGAUGCUUUCCCCUCCCGCAGAGCUGGUAAUAUCUGUGUCCGCCAGUGAUGACCCAGCAGGAAAAUUCAAAUUCAACAAUGGACUAAGUCUUUCCCACAGAGAAUUCUUACCCUGUAUGCAUGCAUGUUUGCCUCUCAAUGGCAUGAACAUAACAACUGUGAUGAGAACAUAUUGAAGCAACAGAAUACUUGAAAAAUGCCUUUUGGGAACUGCAGUACUGGUUGUAUGCCAACAUUUUACAACUUCCCUGAAGAAAAUGUCAUUAUUUGUUUGAUUUUGAAAAAUGUGAAUUACAUGUUUCAUUAUUCUAGAAAGAUUAUUUUACAGAUUCCAAAAAACCUUAUAUUUUUUUAUCCCUGGAAUUAAAAAACAAACAUUACAUCUCAUUUAUUGUUAGCAGUGCUUGUCUGAUAUUUGUUUCUAAGCUUUCUGUCAUUCUUAUUUUGCCAAUGUAGAUUGUAAUCUUAAUAAAAACAGCCUCUAGAGGAAAAAACAACAUUCUCAAUGACAACUUGGAGGGAUCCGCUCUUCUAAGGAUCCUAGAUUGAGAAACAUUAAGUCUUAUGUCUCAACAUGUCAAAAUGUAUGCUGUGAAAAAAAGCCAUAUAAUAAAGUUCUCUUAUUGUA